AUGUCGAGCCAACCCGCCUCCCAGGGCGCCGCCAACCAGCAACCCGAGUCGGCGCAACCAGAGAAAGCCCAGAACCCCUCUGCGCCUUUGGAGGAAGAUGACGAGUUCGAGGACUUCCCAGUAGAAGAUUGGCCCCAGGAAGAGGCUGAAGCUCCAAACGGAGGAGCUGGCAAUGACCAUUUGUGGGAAGAGAGCUGGGACGAUGACGAUGCGAGCGAGGAUUUCUCCAAACAGCUAGCUGAGGAACUGAAGAAGGUCGAAGCUGCGAAACGAUGA